GCAUUGAAAUGGAGAUUGUAAACAGUUGUGAGCAGAACAACGGGGGGUGCUCUCAUCACUGUGAGCACACCACCAGCGGACCCCUCUGUUCCUGUAACCAUGGUUUUCAGCUGGCCCAAGACAGGACGACCUGCGUAGACAGUGAUGAAUGUUUCACAGCGGAGUCCUGCUGCAGCCACUUCUGUAGAAACUACCCGGGUGGCUACGAGUGCAGCUGCAGAGCCGGCCACAGACUCAACCCAGAUGGCUGCGGCUGCGACGACAUUGAUGAGUGUCUGGCAGAGACCUCGGGCUGUGAACACUACUGUGUCAACACACUGGGAACAUAUCAAUGUUUUUGUCGACAAGGUUUCCGUUUGGAUCAGGACCGGCACUCCUGCAUCUCUCUGUAUGGCAGCGAUACGGAAGAGGAGGAAGACGAAGAACAAGAGGAAGAGGAGAAGCUACAGGCUGACAGAUUACUAGACAUGCUGUUUCGAAAUGCUCCUCAGCUCCUGCAUCACACAGCAGCCCUGCGCUCCCGUUACAGCAUUAAAGAAGAGUUAACUCAGGAGGAGCGCAGAGGAGAGCUGAGACUGGAAAGCCAAAUAGUGUGUUUCGAUGGCUCCUUUGGGGAUGACUGCAGUGUGACCUGUGAGGACUGUGUGAACGGAGCAUGCAGUGAAAGCAGGGACCGGUGUGAAUGUUCGCCAGGCUGGACCGGAACUGUCUGUAACGAGAGUUGCCCAAGGGGCUAUUUUGGAAGGCACUGUAGAAGAAAGUGUAAUUGUCCCAACAACGGACCCUGCCAUGGUUUGUACGGAGCUUGCCUCUGCUCUCCAGGAUUAUAUGGCCGUUUUUGCCAUCUAGCUUGUCCCAGGUGGACCCACGGUGCAGGCUGUUCCAGGGAAUGCGACUGCGUCCGAGAACAUUCCGCUGGCUGUGACCCCGAAACUGGGAGCUGUUUGUGUAAGGCCGCACACCACGGUCCCCGGUGUGAGAAAGAGUGCGAUCCAGGCUUCUUUGGUGCCGGCUGUGAGCAGCCAUGUGACUGUCCAGGUGGAGGGUCAUGUGAUCCCAGGACUGGAGAUUGCUUCAAACAGUGUCCUGCAGGCCUUCAUGGAGAUCUGUGUCAGCUGGCAUGUCAAGCAGGAAGCUUUGGUGAAAACUGUCGCCUGACCUGUGACUGCCAAGGAGCUCCCUGUGAUCCUGUAACUGGAGAGUGCAUUUGUCCUGCUGGGAAGACAGGAAACUCAUGCCAAGAAGACUGCCCUGAUGGAUUCUGGGGGCCAAGGUGCCAACAUCCUUGCCCUGACUGUGCGAAUAGCGCCUCCUGCAGCAAGCAAACUGGUAUGUGUGACUGCAAGGCAGGCUUCAUGGGAAACCUCUGUCAAAAUGGGUGUCCUGCAGGUUUUUAUGGACCAGGCUGUCUGACACCCUGUUCUUGCCACCCUGGUGCCAGUUGUGACCCCAAGACUGGACUCUGCCUGUGUCCUCCUGGCAGAAGUGGCCAUGACUGCGCAACGUCAUGUGAAGCAGGUUUCUGGGGCCCGGGCUGCACCAGAAGAUGUCAGUGCCUGGAACGCUCUCUGGACUGUGACCCGGUCAGCGGUCAGUGUGUGUGUGAGGAGGGCUACACUGGAGACCAGUGUGAAGAGAAGUGCAUAAAUGGCAGCUAUGGUUCUGGCUGUGCUCAGCGGUGUCGGUGUCAGAACGGAGCCCUCUGUGACCAUGUGAGCGGAGCCUGCACAUGCUCCUUGGGCUUUACUGGAGCUUACUGUGAGAUAAAGUGUGGAGAAGGACAUUAUGGAGAGAACUGCAACGAGACCUGCAAAUGUACAAAUGGUGGGAGAUGUGACAGAGUGACAGGAAAAUGUGUGUGUCUGCCYGGAUGGACUGGAGAGCUUUGUCAGUCAGCAUGUUCAAAGGGAUUUUUCGGGGAAGGCUGCGAGCAGAGGUGUGACUGCGUCCACUCUUUGCGUUGCCACCGUGCGACGGGCCACUGUGAGUGUGAGCCAGGCUGGAGAGGGGCCACGUCCUGCCUACCGAUGUUCUUCGGUGCUUCCUGUGCCCAGGCGUGUCAGUGCCAGGCUGGGGUGUCCUGCCACCAUGAGACUGGGAGCUGUGGCUGCCCAGCUGGUCUCACGGGUCCCGGCUGUGAGAAAACCUGCCCUGCUGGUUGGUUUGGACCAAACUGCAGCCAACUUUGUCAGUGUCCAGGAGCCAAAGAACAAUGUCAUCCUGUGACGGGAAAAUGUAGCUGCUCACCUGGUUACUACGGGGCACACUGCAGGCUCCGAUGUCGAGCAGGUACCUUUGGGCCAAACUGCAAGUCCAGGUGCAGAUGUCUCAAUGGUGGUUACUGUGAUUACAGGAUUGGGACAUGUUACUGUUCUCCUGGUUACAUUGGAGCUGACUGCAGCUCAAGCUGUCCAAAAGGGUAUUAUGGUAAAGACUGUGCAAACUCCUGCUCCUGUGGGGAAGAAGGUCAGUGUCACCCUGCAACUGGGAGGUGCAUCUGUGGCCCUGGUUGGGUUGGACCAUCUUGUCAACAAGCAUGUCUAAGAGGGAAGUAUGGCCUGCAGUGCAGAAACACAUGCAGCUGUCAGAAUGGAGCUUUAUGUGAUCCUGUUGAUGGGUCCUGUAAGUGUGGACUGGGCUGGGCUGGACCCCGAUGUGAGACAGCCUGCUCGCCAGGAAAAUAUGGGCUCGACUGUGCACAAGACUGUCCGUGCCUCAACAAUGGGACCUGCAACCAUUUCACAGGCAGCUGCAGCUGCAGUGCUGGAUACUACGGACACGCCUGUGAACACGAAUGUCCUUCUGGGUAUUAUGGGAUGAACUGUGCCAGUGCUUGUGACUGUAAGGUUGGACAAGCAUGUGACCACGUGACAGGCAAAUGCACGUGCCCACCAGGCUACAGUGGCCUGCAAUGCCAGAGACGAUGUGAAGCUGGCAGAUUUGGACUGAGCUGUGCAGAGUCGUGUGAUUGCGUUGGCGAGGCUCCGUGCGACCCAUCUUCUGGAAGGUGCCUCUGUCCCUCGGGACGGUGGGGACAGAGAUGUGAGAAAAACUGUGUUGGAGACCGUUUCGGCCCCAACUGUACCCUGCUGUGCCAGUGUUUCCAGGGGGCCCACUGUGAUCGAGUGAAUGGGAGAUGUCUGUGUCCGCUUACCUGGCUCGGCCCAACUUGUAGCGAAGCGCCGCCCUACCAAACCUCAGGAGAGCCGAGCUCCUCUGUAUCUCACAGAAAGAGAAGAACAGGUAGCAGAACCACAUAACCCGAGCACGGGACUCGGCUCAGCGAAGCUUCACUCUGAUCAUCCGCGAAGAGGUUGUGUGGGUUCUGCGGAGCCGUCAGAGACCGGCAGUCCGUCACAGAGUCUGAAGGCUGAGACGAUCAACCACAGGAGCUGACUCGAGACGCCUUCAAAAGACCACCAAAUCAAAUGUAGAGCAGCGUGUUUAGGAUUUAAAGCUCCAGCUUGUGCAGGAUUCAUAGCAUUACAUGGGUUACUGUUGCUGAUUGGAAGGGUCCGUUUUGACAGUUARUUAGUUUUAAAGUAUUCAGUUUUAGGAUGAAGGAAAGCCACACAAUUUGAUCCUUUUUUGUUUGUUUGUUUACACCAAAAACAGUUCAGUACAAAGUUAUGUCAUGAAUUAAUUCUGAUGGAAAAAGAACAAAAGACUCACUAAACACCAAAAUGACUCCAUUCUUUACAGGUAGACUUUCACCAACAUGUCUCUUGCUUGGGCGUUUCCCCUCUUUUAUUUUUAUAAAAUUUGGAUACAUUUUGAUGUUUUAAGUUUUCCUUUUUUGUUAUAAUAAGAUUAGGAAUAYUAGAAAAGAUGAAUAUCAUAUUGAAAAGAUUAUUCUACACCAGCAAACGCUUUCUUCACAUGAUAAAUUCCCUCUGUUUGAUACUGUGAAUUAGUUUUCUUCAUGCAUUGUGCAGGCACUAACUAGAGAAUUGCAGGCAAAACAUGCAUGCUCUGAACAUCCCAAAGACUGAUCCUCAUUAAGUUAAAUAGCUGUUUCUAAUUUAGCAGGAUGUAAAAAGCAAUCUUACAUUCUAAUGAAUUUUAGGUCUGAUAUGUGGUUUAAUGUACAGUGUCACUGAAAAAAACAACAUCAAAAACUUAAUAUACAGUAAAUAAGAAAUGAAACAUUUUACAAAUACCGGUAAUGAGAAAAUGAAUGUAUUAUUUUUUACUUUGGAUCAUUUUAGAAUAAAAAAGACAGGAAAGARUGAAAAUCAACCUAACUCAUGGCAGACAUUUGAACUUAGAGAGCUGAUGUAUAUUUUUUUAGAAUUUAACUAAUUUCCAUCAGUUUUUAAACUUGCAAGUGGUUUGUCUUGUUGACAGUUUUUUAUGAAAAUGUCGGCAAAUUCUGAAAGCAAACACAAAACCAAAAGUGAAAGUGCCGCUGCAGAGUGACUAAAGAGCUCCAGAGCUGCAGGUUGCAGACCACCAGGGGUAUAAAACAGCCUGCAUUUUAUUGGUGCUAUUUUGUAUAAAACCAAAAUAUUUUAUAUAUAUUUGUAAAUUUAAUGUGUUUGGAUAAAAUAAGACUUGUGUGGAAAAUCCAAUAAAUAUUGGAAAAAACCUCUGAA